AUGAGCAGCCCAGCAGGGCCCACUGCAGCCCCCAAGCCCAGCGCCAAGUCCAUCUAUGAGCAAAGGAAGAGAUACUCCACGGUGGUCAUGGCAGACGUGUCCCAGUACGCAGUCAAUCACCUGGUGACCUUCUGCUUGGGGGAGGAGGAUGGGGUCCACACCGUGGAGGAUGCCUCCAGGAAGCUCUCUGCCAUGGACGCCCAGGGGCGGAUCUGGGCCCAGGAGAUGCUGUUACAAGUGUCCACGGGAAACGUGAAGCUUCUGGAUGUGGACUCCAAGGAAGAGCUAGAGUCUUAUGCCUUGAACUCCAUUCUUCGAUGUGAGGCUGUAUUCCCCCCAGGCCAGACACGAGCCCUCCUCCUCCUUGUGUGUCAGGAGCCUGACCGGGCCCAGCCCGAUGUCCACUACUUCCAGGGCCUCCGAGUUGGGGCAGAGCUGAUCCGAGAGGACAUCCACGGGGCCCUGCAGGCCCAGCGAUCGGGCAGUGGAGAUCGUCGUGCAGCUGCCCUCAGAGCCACCCAGGAAGAGCUGAACCGCACCCCCAGCCCUGGGCCCGUGGACACCCCCUUCCAACGCCGGCCUUCAACUCGUGUGGUCAUCGCCCCCCGGGAGCGCCUGCUGGGACCACCGGCCAAGGAAGAGGCAGCUGUCCCUGAGGAAGAGGAAGGUACCCAGAGGCCAGCCCUGGAGCUGGCGAGUCUGGAAGCCGAGCGGAACGUGGACAUCCUGAACCACAUCCUGGAUGAUGUCGAGAGCUUUGUGGCCAAGCUGCAAAAAUCCGCCGAGGCCUCCCGGGUCCUGGAGCAUCGAGAACGUGGCCGGAGGGUGCGCCGGAGAGCGGCUGGAGAGGGGCUCCUGACCCUUCGGGCAAAGCCUCCCACAGAGGAGGAGUACAUGGACAUUCUGCAGAAGAUCAAGUAUUCCUUCAGCCUGCUGGCCCGCCUCCGAUCUAACAUCACUGACCCCUCUGCCCCAGAGCUGCUUCACUUCCUGCUGGGUCCGCUGCAGAUGGUGGUGGACACGACUGGAGGCCCCAGCUUUGCCCAGACAGUGCAGCAGCCUCGCCUGACCUCGGAGGCUGUGGCUCUGAUGAAAGAGAGUCUGACGGCCCGAGAGACCGAGCUCUGGACUUCGCUGGGAGACGCUUGGACCAAGGCCCGGCUUGAGCUUCCCCCUGAGGAAGGCACCCCCUACACCCCAGUCUUCUACAGUGGCUGGGAACCAGCCCCCACCACCCCGGCGGGCCAGCCCUGGGAGGAUCCUGUGGAGGCCCAGCACAGGCAUGAAAGGCGUCGGUGGCAGCAAUCAGCCCCGCAGAUCCAGGUCAAUGGUCACACAGAACCAGACUCAGAGCUGGAGCAGGGGCCAGGGCUGGAGGCCAAGCCUGAGCCAAGGGUCCCAGGGAAGUGGGUUCUCUGUAACUACGACUUCCAGGCCCGGAAUGGCAGUGAACUCUCUGUCCGGCGAGGGGACCUGCUGGAGGUCCUAGAUGAUGCCCGGAAGUGGUGGAAGGUUCGGGACCUUCAGGGACAGCAGGGUUAUGUCCCCUACAACAUUCUCACCCCCCACGCGGGGCCCCCAAGCCGAAAACCCUGCUCUGCCAGGGCACUGGACCAGAGGACCCCUCCCCCACCCCUGGCCCCAGCCCCUCCCAGGCCCCGCUGGGGCAGCAUGGACAGCCUAGACCUGGAUGCUGGGGAGAAGGAGAAGUUCGUGAACAUGCUGAGCGUCAACGAGGAGCUGCAGGCCCGGCUGGCCCAGGGUCCCCGGAGCCCCCGGAGCUCCAGUAGAGCGCCCGCCACCGUCCGCCUGGCCCCCGAGGCCCCGCUCAGCCCCCGCUCCCCAGCCCCCCAAGUCCGCGCCUGGCUUCAGGCCAAGGGCUUCAGCCCCGGGACCGUGAGUGCCCUGGGCGUCCUCACCGGCGCUCAGCUCUUCUCUCUAAAGAAGGAUGAGCUGCAGGCAGUGAGCCCAGAGGAGGGUGCCCGGGUCUACAGCCAAGUCACGGUGCACCGAGCAAUGCUGGAGGACUCGGAGAAGCAGUCGGAGCUGGAGGCGGUGAUGGAGAAGCAGAAACGGAAGGUGGAGGGGGAGGCGGGCGGGGACGCGCUGUGA